CUGGGAGCUAUUUGUUGUAGAUUUAAUGGGACAUGGAAAAGCAUACAUUGGGUUCCAUCUCUUAUGGAAAUGAAUUUUUUUAGUUUUUGUAUUCCAGCAUAAAAGUAGACAUGGAGAAAAAAAAACACCGUAUAUCUUGGAGGACUUGGAAAGAGGAAAGGGGUUACACAUCAAAGAAAUUUAGUAGCGCUGUUAAAAAGAUCAUCAUCAUGCUUCGAGUGUGCAAGAUAUUUCGUGAGGGCCUCCAUGGAUUCCGGGAGUGUCAGAUCACGCAGGUCACAGAGAAGGAGAAGCCUAUCUUCACUGCAUGGGAUAAACGGAAACAGGCCAAACUGACCUUCAAUUACACUGACUUCUUCUUCGAGCAGGAACAUUUCCCUAGAAGAGCUAUUGAAAUUGCUCAGAAGAGGCCAGAGUGGAGAGAAGAAAGUGAAAUCUACAAUCUCUGUAAUUUUCUGCGGGGAUUGAAAAGCUUUUGGAAUUACAGCCAGCAGGUCCAGCUGCUGCUGGCCAAAGUCGUCCGCUAUGAACGGUUUGGCCGCAGGCGUGUGAUCUUUAAGAAGGGGCAUAAGGGCCACAGUUUCUACUUCAUCUACCUGGGGACAGUUGCUGUGACUUCAGAUGAAGAUGGGAGCAGUGCCUUCCUCGAUGCACACCCAGACUUGCUCAGCAAGGGUUCCUCUUUUGGAGAGAUGGCUUUAUUGACUGACUGUGACAGGAUUGCCACUGUAGUCUGUAUGGAGGACACAGAAUUACUCGUUGUGGACAAGGAGGAUUUCUUUGGUUAUAACAUAGAUGAAGAGGUGAAGAAAGAAUUUCAAGUUCGGUUUAAUUUCUUCAGGGAUCACAGCCUCUUUAAGACAUGGUCUCAUAAGGCUCUCUCGACAGUGGCAAGUCAUUGCAAAGUGGAGAAGUUCCCAUUUGGGCAGGUGAUAUCUCGGAACGUGACGGAUUCUGGCUUUAUCAUGUUUGUCACAGAGGGCCUGUGUGAUGUCAUUCGGCUGGUGGAUCUUUCGACUUGUAUCUCCUACUACAAGUGGAUAUGGAAGCAUCUGACACCGGUGGAUCAGAGCCUUCUGGACACUCAGAACUUUGAAAGAUCAUCCCGGAAAAGGUUUAGAGAUUUUCAGAUCAAAUCCUAUCCAGUAAUGGACUUCAGUAAUCUGAAAAUGGCACAUAUGGAGAAGAUUAGGCAGAAAGAAAAACUUGACACUCUCAAAGAUGAUAAAGACAAUCCAACUGAAGAAUUAAAUUCAGAGAAAAAAUACUUCAGGAUUGCGUCCACUUCCCCCCCUGUCUCCUGUACCAUGGUGAUGACGGAGUUUGGACCACUUCCUCAGGAGGCUGUGGUGGGUGUCUAUGUGAAGAUUCACACCCUGGAGCCAGGUGGUAUUCUGGGCUUGCACCAACACCUCAUUCCCGACAAUUUGCAGGAUAAGCGAAGUUUGAUCUUGGUGAGCAGAGGAACCACGAUUAUUCGCUUGAGAAAGGACAUGUUUGAUGAAUUCGUAGAUUCUGAGACUAAAGGAAAACUGAAAGACCUGCAGAUUACUUAUCCCAGAGACAAUAUUAUAUGCCAGAAGAUCUUGAAGGAGAAUUCAUGGAACGUUUUCCGGAAGGACCUACUGAAACUCUUGACACAAUUUCCUCCCUAUGAGAUGUUCACUGCAUUCCGGUUGCGAAAAAAGUGCCUCUAUUCACCUCUGUCUGGAAUUCUAGAUCUGAAGAACUUAGGGAAGGAACCACGGGGCUCUUAUCCCAUCUUUAAUGCAGUAGUAGAUUCUCCUCCAAAAACGAUCCUUCCCCCCUUGAGACUGAUAGAGGGCAUCUCUGCUCCCAGGUACCAUCUCAAGGAACUCAUGCGUACUUAUAAAAUUCCUGGCAUUUUCUUCGAAAGUUAAGGAGAAGAGAUCAAGAUAGGAGCAGCAUGAGUGACAGAGAGGGGCCUGGCCCCUUGCUCAGGCUUCCACAAGCAGGACAGAGGUCUGGAAAAGCCAUGGAGACUUGGGCUGUUGAACCAAACAAGUAUUGAAUAUUG